UGCACGCACAGUGCCCGGUCUCCAUGUGCAUGAGCGUUUGUGAAUGCAUCAGCAUGCGUUCAGUGCCCACUGCUGAAGAAUGAGAGCGAUUCUAAAGAACGGAAGUGGACCGACCAUUUUGAAACCCCGCACCGCUUAGCACGAUGGAUAAGGGCCACACGGUUAAGCUCUUCGUAGGGAAUCUGGCCCUGGACACCACGCAAGAAGAACUGUCAGCCAUCUUUGAGUCGUAUGGCCAGGUGGUUAGCUGCAGUGUCUUGAGACAGUUUGCUUUCGUACACCUACAAGGAGAGGGCGCUGCUGAACGUGCCAUCCGGGAGCUCAAUGGCCGAGAGUUCAAAGGACGCAACCUUGUGGUCGAGGAGUCCCGAGGACGCCCGCUCCACUCGACCAAGGUGUUUGUGGGUAAUCUGAGUAGUAUGUGCACCACAGAAGAUCUCCGGGAGCUGUUUCAGACCUUCGGGAAGGUUUUGGAGUGCGAUAAGGUGAAAGGUUAUGCCUUUGUACACAUGGAGAACAAGGAAGAUGCGUUGCAGGCUAUUGAGGCUUUGCAUGGGACCUCAUUCAAAGGACGACCGCUCUCCGUGGAGCUGUCCAAAGUUCAGCCAAGUAAGCAGACUCCAACUGGAAAAAUCCCAUGUGUCAGCUGUGGAAAACAGGGCCAUUAUGCAGGUGAAUGCCCAGCCGGUAAGCCCACCCUGGAGCAGUACCAGAGCCAAGCGGCCGUGUUGGCCGCCGCCGCCGCUGCAGCUGCUGGCCUUCCACUGCAGGUUCAACAGAGUGUCCACAAUUCCGUAUACAACACCUCAACUUUUGACCCCACGUAUGCUGCUUUGACUGGACUCACAGCUGCUGGUGCAAGGGCGGAAGGAGGAACCGCGGUGGCUCCAGCUGUGUACGGAGCACUGGCUAGUCAAGUGUACGGAACAGUUUCCAAUCAGCUCUACGGCGGGACAGUUGCAAAUCAGGCACUCAACAGUGGUGCUGCUGCCGCUGCCGCACAAGUGUAUGGUUCCGUUAACCCAGCUCUCUAUGGGCAGGUGACAAGUGGUGCGGUCGCAGCCGCCGCAGCUGCCGCUGCCGCAUACGGGCCACAAGUUUACACGUCCGCAGUAGCAAAUCCAGUGUUUCUAGCUGCGGCGCCCAGCGUGGAGGUACCGGCAGCUGCCGCCGCUGCUGUUAACCCAGCUUAUACGGUAGCACCAGCUCUCUACAGCGCUUCCCCAGCUUAUGGGGCUCUUGGGGCAGCUGACCCAGCAGCUAUCUUUGAGGCGGCAAGGGCGCACUACUUUGCACAAGGACAGCAAGUUCUAGCCGAACAGCAACAGGCUAGCUCAAAGUCUGGAGAGAGGGACCGGAGUCCGCUAAGAAGAUCCGCCCCACUGCUGCCAGACCCGGUUAUGAAACCAUUCAUGUACCAGAGGGCCAAGCGCAGAGCCUUGUUGCCUACACCUGCGGGCCGAGAGGAAGCCGCUGCACAGGAGGAUGACCCGGUAGCCAGAUACUACGCGGAAUACUACCAGCAGUACCAGCAGCUGCAGCAGUAUCCACAGUACCAGUACGCGUAUCCGUCUCCCAACCCCCUCGCAGCGGUGUCGGCACUGCCGACUCUGUCCGGUGUGCCUACCCAGCCGGUGGCGACGCUCGACUCCCUCAGGCCAGUGCUGCCCGCCGCCCCCGUGCCUGCCGCUGCCGCCAUCGCCAUGGCAACACCCCGCGUACUCGUAUGAAUUGGAGCCCUGAAAAGAAGCUAAAGGACUAGAGACUGAUCCCAAUCUCACCCCUGUCUCUAUGGAUGGGGUAAGUCCAGGGGCAACCCCACUCUAUACCCCCUCCCCCCAGCUGCAUACACCAUACCAAACCCCCUUUCCCCAGGAGCAGCAAAAUCUUCAACCCAGCUUUUGGUACCUUUUAACCACCUGUAGUCCCCAUGCAGCUUCUUUAACUGGAGUGUGGUACAAUUCUGAGUAUGCUUUUAUGACGCACGCAUAUUGUAAAACAUGUUUAUCUGUGAGUGUCAGGAGGCGCUCACACCGUAAAAACAUAUUUGUUUGUGAUGGGGCUGCAGUUGUAAAUUCAAGAUAGCUCCCACAAGGCUCGCUCACUUCUGCUUCCAUUGUGCAUGUUUCUUUUUUUUUUUUUUGUUUUCUUGUCUCACCCCCAAAAACAAACGCUUUCUGAUGUGACUGUUCCAACUGAACUAGGUCCCUACGGAACUGUGGACACCAAACGCAGCGCUGGUUUGGGGGGAAGAAAGUUAGCGUCGCGCAAUGCACGGGAAACUCUGUCACUCCAUACAGGUAAAAGCACUGUGCCUCGCCCCCUUUCUACCUGUCGUCCUCCCCGAUAGCGUUUGCGCCUGACCGUGUAUCCGCUCUAUUUCUCCUCACCACCACCCCACCCCUCUUGUAGAUUCCUCACUUCUCGUCACCACUGCCAUAGCCAAUUGGUUCUCUUAACACCAGUGUUAUGCUACUCUUUCACUGCCAAAAAGGGGGGCGGCGGGGGUGACCGUUUACUGCUUUUGUGGUUAGUGUGUCUCGGUAAAGGGUGGGUGCUUGGUGCUCUAAUAACUGAUGGUUUAGCUUUGGAGAGACUGUGGUGAUACUGGAAUUGAAUGAGUGGGAUUGCUGGUCAAUGAUUGAAAGGCUACAUAAAAAUGAGUGUUGAAACAAGUUAGUGAUAAAGGUGUGUGACAAAGGUGAGUGAUUGUGAGUCAGUACCGUCGACCUCACCUGGCCCCCCCUUCCAUGUGCCUUUUUUUUGUUCGUUUAUUUGAGUUAACCCUUGCCCCCAGGCUUCCUCGAGUCUACUCGCCGUUAACGCCCAGCUCACCGCCGCCCUCGUCGCAUCCCCAGUGCUAGUUGUUACGUUUGUCCAGUGUUAACCGCUGCUUGAACGCAUCCCAAAAGCUCUGUGACUGGAUCCGAGACACUAGCCAAAAUUUGUAUUCGCAUUUGGACUCUCAUUUGGACUCAGUGACACUUGCAAUUCUUAUCAAAGAGUGCUUGACCCAGCAAAGCAUUCUUGCUUUUGUUUCCUAGAUUGCCAAUAAUUAUUGAGCAAAAGCUUCGACAUAGUCAUCCCAAACAGUUACCAAAUUUGUUUGGUUUUUGUUUGUCAGAUUAAAAGAUCCUAUUCAAGAGUUCAUCUGAAAGCUAGCUUGUGUUACCUGUUCAAAUAAGAGUCUGUUAUGAUGUUUGAAUUAGCUGAAUGUACCAUAAGUAGGUGGCACAGAUUCAGAU